UUUCCAAUUCAACAUGUCUGCCUCCUAGCGUUUGUUUCCGAAUGUAUACAUUUUGCUCCAUAUCUGUUGCACAAAUCCUAUAACUAUACUGAUUUACCAAUGGUUAAUUUGGGCUAUGAGUGACUCCGAGUUAGAUAAAAAAGAAACCGAGGAAAUGGCGGAGACGAAGAAGAGACGAGUUGGAGCAGGGUUUGCCAUGAUCGAGUUGAUAAGCCGACUUGUUUUGGCUGUGAUGACCAGAUUUUGGAAGCUCUGCAGUACAGCGCUUCUAAUUAUCCUUCUGGUGUUUUGGUUUGAAGGGGGAAUGCUGGCGUCAUUUCUUCUUGUCAUAGCACUUUUAGGGUUGUUCUACAAUGCUCAGGACAUGCUUCUGUACCACCCGGACCAGCCUCCCCACUCCCGGAUGUACGUCGAGCUGCCUGGGAUACUCCAUCUACCAUAUGAGAAUCAUUUUGUGAAGACCCGAGACGGCACACAGAUCAACGUGGUGCUGGUGAAGCAAUCCCACCUUGAUGUGCCAACUGUUGUUUUCUUCCAUGGAAAUGCAGGGAAUAUUGGACAUAGGUUGAUGAACAUCCUUGGUCUGUAUUCAGCUUGUAAAUGCAAUGUUGUUAUGGUGGAGUAUCGGGGAUAUGGAAAAAGUGAUGGAUCACCCUCUGAACAUGGAAUGUAUGAUGAUGCAGAGGCAGCAGUCGACUUCAUCCUCAACAGGAGCGAUAUAAAUAAACGGAAAAUAUUCAUAUUUGGACGUUCCUUAGGCGGAGCUGUUGCAAUAAACCUUGUUUCCAAGCCAUCCUACAGCAGCUGUGUUGCUGGCCUGAUAGUGGAGAAUACCUUCACCUCACUGCCAGAUAUAGCAAGAGUUUUAUUUAAUUUCAAAAUUUUGGAUUAUUUGCCAUCAUGGUGUUUCAAAAAUCAGUACCCGUCCAAGAAGCGGCUUGACAAAUUAUGUCUUCCUAUCCUUUUCCUCUCUGGGCUCGGAGACCAGCUGAUUCCGCCACGGAUGAUGACGGAUCUGUUCGAGAGUUCAAGCAGCCCUCUGAAGAGAAUCAGUCGGUUCCCAGGGGGGUCUCACAACGAGACCUGGAUGAGUCCGGGCUACUAUGAAGCCUGGCACAGUUUUCUCAAGGAGGUGUGCGAGCGUCCAGCACACGACUCCGGCCACAGUAUAGCAGUUCAUAUGGAGAAGGGAGUGAAGAAUGUCUGAUGUAUGGCUCAUUGUAAUGUAAAUAAGGAGGACAACUUUCAGCCAUGAAUAUCUCGGCAGAGGCGUACAGGAUUACAGGAUUUUGAAAAGGGGAUAGGGUGGGUGUAUGCUCACUGUACUUAAGUCGUCGAGAGUGCAGUUAACAUGUGAGGUGUCUGAAAAAUGGGGUACGUGCGUCCCACAGCAUCUCCCCUCUGGAUCUCCUGGAUCCGCCAGUGCUCGGUGUGAGGGAACAGGUAAAGGCAGCUAGGACAGCUGUGUAGCAGACCACUCGGGAGUAUCUGGUGUUUUUGUAUCGUCUUUUUCUGGUAUUUGUGUACUUGUUUCUCCUACAGGUGGGACAUCAGCUGCUGUGAUGGAAGUCACGGGAUGUGGUUGGGGGUAUUUUACUAAUAUUCUUUUGGCCAUUCAAAAUGGCCGCUAUGACAGCUAUCAGAAAUGGGGUUGUGAGUCAAUUGACUGUCCAUUUUCGCAAACAUGUUCACAAUACAUUAAUCUUUACAUUAAUCACCUAGUUCUUUAUUCGGAUUUUUUCUGGCAUAUGAUUGUUUGCCAUUAAAGGUCAAGGUCACUUUUAUUGAAGCAUGUCAAGGGUAAACAUCACAAUUUUAAUGUAACCAGUCCACAAAUAUUUUAUCAAUAGUACUACAUUACUAUUGGAGAAAAAAGUUACAAACUUGCAUUUGUCUUGGAUCAGUGAGAAACAUGGCCAUUUGAAUCCUGUAUAAAUACAGUUUAAGAUCACAAUAACUGGAGUCCUACGUAGCAGGGUCUGGGUAGGAUUAGAUUUUGAUUGCUUCUGUCAAGGUCAAGGUCAAGGUCAAGGAAGGCAUGUUAAGUUGUGCUUGUGUGUUCAAUGGGCAAAUAAGUUUUAACAUCUAAUGCUUGAAUUAAAUGUUGAUUUAAUUAGGAGGCAUAAAUUAUCAAGUAUGUUACAACACUAUGACAUAUAUGUUGAAAUGAAAGUCUUAGAGUGUUUUGACCUGUAAUCAGUUUCUACCUAAUCAGUUUGACAGACAAGUCAGGAAAUGACAUGAGUUUAAAAACUGAAGGGCAAAUUAGGUUGAUACAGCUGCAAUAUUCCUGACUGUGGUGCAAAACAAUAUUCAAUUCUCGCUGACCACGAAUCUCAUUUCAUCAAUAGGCUAAAGCGUGUACUGAAAUGUUCCCCUACCGGACUAUUGUUGUGCUAACAUAAGCUAAGUGCAGUCAGUGCACAAUGUCGCAGGAAUGUCAUCUUUGUGGUUGCUACUUCAUCCAAGAGAGUCAGGUGAAAUACCUAGUCUAUGACAGGAGCAGGCACAGAGUGAAUGACAAGUCAUGUUCAGUAGUUGAAGCCAUGGACUAGGUCAUUGAAGCAGGGGUCAGAUGAAUUCCAGUAAGUGUUGAUAUGAUUGAUAUACAACCAGUGUUUGAAUAGAAAAACUUGCCUGGCUGCCAUCAGAACCCACAGACCUUAGAAGCUGCAGGCCCUAAACUCUUCAGGCCCUCAUUUAAGAAAACUGCAGCUUAUUGUGACAAAUAGAUAGGCCAUAAGAACCUAUACAACUUUAAAACUACAGGCCAAACAAGAGAUCUACCUGCUACGGGCCUACGGGCAGGUGCUUGUUUCUAGCACUAUACAUGUCAUAUGUUUCCUACACAAAUGUGCGAGAAAAUCUUCAACAAGCCACGAAAACCCACAACUUUGUAUUCUUUUACACUGAAGCAUAAGUCUAUUGUGAAUGUAAUAGAAUUGACGUGAAGAUGUAGGAAAGAUGCUAGAAGUGUGCAUAAUAUCCAGUGCUUUCUGGAUAGAUUCAGUUUGUAGAUACAAACGCAUGGCCAUUUCCUUCUUUGUUAUCAUAUAGCGUUCAUUAUUGUCUACAUGUCGCUGUUUAAGUGCAAUAAUCUUGACCACGACUGCAAGGCCCAUUUCACCUCAUUUCUAAGUAUCUUCUUCUUUGUCAUAUGAAGUUCAUUAUGGCCUUUAUUAUGAUAUGAAUACAGAUAUGUAAAAACAUCACAUUAAUUAUUGUAGAAAAUAAUUAUCUCAAAAAUAAAUCAAAAUGAUGUGUAGGAAGCUGAUUUAAUAUCUUACGCUGUGGCCAUAUAUGGAAAAUAAACGGUUAAAACUGCAAGCAGGGUAGCCAUUGAGACAGUUACUUAUGCUACAGCAAAAUAGCAUAGAAAGUGUUUUCAUGGAUGCAAGCAGUUUGCGCAUAAGUGUCUUUGCUUCUGUAAUCAUACUACCGUAUUCGACGUAAUAAGCACCCCGCUCUAAUAAGUGCCCACAGCGAUAUUUGCCACUAUAUUGCUUAGUAAACAAUCCCAGUUAGCACCCUUCCGAUUGAUCAAUGUACA